AUGGCUCAAGAAAAACGUAAUUCUAGUAUCCUCCCUUUAAAAAAAUGUUCGAAAACACGUACAAUUCGAUCUUUAUCCACCUCAAUGAUUCCUCAGACCAAACCAACAGCGCAACUGUCCACUACUCACAAUAAUAAAAUUGAUAAUGAAACUCAAUUAACGCGAAAAUUUUCUCUGUCUUCUCAAGAACCUCCGAAACCAACGUUAUCUCCUAUUGAAAUUAAAAAGAAACAACUACCUCUUGAAACUAAAAAAGCAACUUCUCCCUUAGAAACUAAAAAAACAUUUCCUCCCUUAGAAAUUAAAAAGAAACCUCCACUUCUAGAAAUUAAAAAAAAAUUAUCAUUUGUUGAAAUUAAAAAGAAAUCAUCUAUUGAAAUUAAAAAGAAACCGUCACCUCUUGAAAUUAAAAAGAAAUCAUCUCCUAUUGAAAUUAAAAAGAAAUCAUCUCCUAUUGAAAUUAAAAAGUAUCCGUCACCUCUCGAAAUUAAAAAGAAAUCAUCUCCUAUUGAAAUUAAAAAGAAUCCGUCACCUCUUGAAAUUAAAAAGAAAUCAUCUCUUAUUGAAAUUAAAAAGAAAUCAUCUCCUAUUGAAAUUAAAAAGAAUCCGUUACCUCUUGAAAUUAAAAAGAAAUCAUCUCCUAUUGAAAUUAAAAAGAAUCCGUCACCUCUUGAAAUUAAAAAAAAUCCGUCACCUCUUGAAAUUAAAAAAAAUCCGUCAGCUCUUGAAAUUAAAAAGAAAUCAUCACCUAUUGAGACUAAAAAGAAAUCAUCGAAAACUUUAAAAAAGUCGACAGAGCCACUUGUGAUUAAGAAAACAACACCUUUAUUAACAAAGAAUAAACCAAUAUCAUCCGUUGUUAAGAAAAAAUCUAUGCCUCAAAUCAAUAAAUCACUAUCUCAUAGAGAACGAGAUGAUAUUGAAACUAGAUAUUUGACAUUUGCUCGUGGGCGAUCUCGUGAACAAAAAGAUAUUAAAUAUGGAAACAAUGAAAAAUACGAAUGGAAAGAUAAUAAUGAUAAAUUUGGUGAUGAAAAAGAAUAUUCUGAGAAAUUUCGUGAUGAAGAGAAAGAUGUAGAUAGUGAUAUUAAUGAUAAAGAAUUCCUUGAAACUUUAUUGUCGAAAGUCGAUUUAUCACAUCCCAUUACAGUUGAAAUGAUAACACAAGUUAUAGAGCUUCAAAUGCAAAAUUCUCUGCUAAAGGAAGGAAAUCAAACACUUUGGCAAGAAUAUAAAUGGCAAUCAAAUUUAGAACGUGAAUUAAUUGAAGAACUUAACAAGAUGGAGGCUACAUUUGAAAAAGUUACUUCGCCAAAGAGACAAAUUGAUAAAACAUUGGUAUGA